AGUAAUGUGGAGUGCAGUGCAGCAGUGGAGUGAUUGAUAGCAGCAACCUCCAACCAAACCACCUGAGUUUAAUAUUAAUAUUUUAGUUUUUGCCAAUUUUUUGCAACAAUUAAUGGCCAUAUCGUGUCUACCAUUUUAAAUGACUUGUGUCCGUUGUUCUCUAUUUGGCUGACUGAGAGAGUGAAGGUGACGAGUGUGAUUGUUAAGUUAGUUGGCGACGCUGCACAUUGGACGUGGAGAGAGGAGUCGAAAAUUACUUCCUUAAAUUGUAGGCAACAAUGCGUCGAAGUAAGACGGUUGUAGAUACGGGGAAUCAGGCCUAUCAACAUCAUAUUUUUCACCAUAAUCACCACGCUGUCGGAGGGGACAGUCAGGUGAAAGAAGAGUUGGUUCUGGGAUUCGACUACAGCCAAAAUAACAUGGCAUUUGACGAUUUCACAUUAAGUCAGCCAAAAGGAGCCGAGAUGAACGGAAAUAUGGAGUUUGAAGGAAGCCAAAGUUUACGAAUCAAUACGGCUGAUCUUUUCGAUGGUGGGUUUCGUUCAUUAAUACAGGAGGAGGGAGUGGAAAUUGCUCGGAAUCCAAAUUCAACUUCAUUGGUGGAACUAGAUCCAAACAAGUUGAAUUUGUCGGAAGCGGAUGGCGAUCCUACCUUACCGGUUGCUACUGCUUCGGUUAGCCAAGAUAACAUCUUGCAACAACUCUUACACGGCGAGGGAGGAGAAUAUCCUGCAUCGUAUCGGCUCUCACAACAAGAUAGUUUCGGACUUUCAUCAGCGAUUGAAGGAAUGGCAGGAGCAAUUCCCGAUCAUGAAAUUGCGUCUACUGCUGCAGCAACAACUGAAACAGGGCCUGAAGGUCCAAUGGGAAAUGAAAACAUUUGCUUUGAACAGUAUGGGGGUCCAUUCGGAUUUGGGAUCGUUCCUAAUCACGCUGGCAAAAAGGUUAAAUGCAUCUAUAGUGACACUUACAACAAGUUCUAUUGUGACCUUGGUACUUUCGAGUUCGUCAUUAAGCUGGACUUUAAUUCAAUUACGAACCUUGAGAAGUACUGUAUUCGUUUCUCAUUGAUCUACACGGAUCCUGAAUAUCAAAACAAACCCGUAUUGAAAUGUAUCAAUUGCGCUGAGACGCAAAAGAAACUUAUCAGUGAACAAGAUCAACUCAACAAAUCGCUGCAUCACAUUGUUCGUGGUAACUCUGAUGACAAAAAUGUUACGUAUUUCACGAGUGAGCGGACUGGAUUCUGUUACGGCAUGAUUGGCUUGCGCCAUCCUGAGCCCGGUGUCACCUCAAUUAUACAAAAGUUGGCAUUCACAUGUCGAUCUUCAUGCCGAUCCAGCGAAGAUUUUGGCAUUAAUCGUCGACCCACCGCGUUGGUUUUUACACUCUUUGACCACCGUCGAGUAGUUCGUGGAAGAUCGAUGAUUAAUCUGAGAAUUUGUUCAGCUCCUUUUCGGGAUUACAAAAAUGAGUGUUGUGGUCCAUCGGCUACAAUUCCGCACACGAAAAAACGCAAACAUGUUCCAGAAAAUGCAACUCUCCAACCAAAGAUGAAAAUGAGCGCACCCAGCACAUCAACCCGACAAGAUAAAUGCGCUCCCUCCACUUCUUCUAAUCGACAUGUAGGAGGGCAACUACCAGGUUUCAGCAUGGAAAAAGUGGUCAAGUCGACGGGGAUGAAUAAUACACAUGACUCAUCAUCCCAGGAAUCACUGUACGAGUUGGACGAUGAAGAUUUGAGUGGGUCUCAGCGAAGGACAAUUAAGAUGCGAAAGCUGGCUCGAGAUUGUAGGAAUGUUCUUUCCUGGCUGCAUUGCGAUGACCCAAUUCAGCGAGCUGCGGCUGUUCAGGUUUUCGAAUCCUUAAAGUUUACUGAGAGAAUCGUCAACACCAGCCACAAAACAAUCAAGAAGGUCAUGGAAAAGAAAAUGGAGAAAGGCGAGUAGAUAUAUACGAAUAUAUGUAUUUUUCUGGUUCUAUUUCUCGUGGACAAUCUGCCAAUUUAAAUAUAUUGCAUUGCAUGACAAAGAUAAACUACUUAAGUAUAAAAGUAUUGAUGACGAUACAGGGACCUGUUAAAUUUAUUUUUAGUGGCUGAUGACUACUGCAUUAUAACCAUUCCCACAUUAUUUUUGAAUCUGUAGAAUUAGAAACUUUUUACGAAUUUUGACAGAUUAUGUAAUAGACUUGGUUAUUAUAUUAUUGUUAUAAACCACUAUGACUGGUAUUAUCCUUAAUCCUUGAAUGAUUGAAUACAUAACUUGUAAAUCAAAUAGAGUACAAGUAACAAGUAAUAAGAGAGAGAGACGAAACAUACGCUUUUAAGCUCAAUUCAAUAUUGUUGCAUAGUACAACCACACUAAUUAACUGCAUUUAGUAGUUUUAAUACUUUAUAUUAUUGUAAUGUCUGGUAACCAAAAUAGACUAGAUAUGUUAUACGGGUUGGUAUUAUUAAUGAAGAUUUCCUUUGAGAAAAAUAACCUACUGAAGAAUUCGAAACUGAUAUCCCAUAUGUAUGGAAACCAAUAACUCAAUAAUCCUUCCUCAAGCUCGUCACUAGUGUGUAUUUAGCAAUUAGUUUUAGUAAAGUAGAAUGACAAAAGAAAUAGUUUUUCAUAAUAAUUAACUUCUUAAAAAAGCGAAUAUUGUAGCUUGAAAUGGCAUAAUUAAAUGAUGUAUUGUAUCUACUUAUUGUUUUCCUUUCUUUACAUGUUCAUGAACUAGUUAUAAUUUUAUUGAUUAACAUUACUUGAUGUAAGCUGCUAUUAGUCGUAUGCGAGACGUGGUGGUGUAAAUUUAGAUAGAUGAACCGCUGAUGUAUUAUCUAAACAUUAAAUUUGAAAAGUGUGGUAAUUUUUCCGCACUAACAAAACUAAAACUAGUAUGUUAUCAUUCGGUGAAAUUUACAAUAUAUAUUAUAAUAAACAACGUGCUACAAAAAAUA